AUGGGUAACUGGGAAGACCUUGACUUUGGUGAACCACAACCGCGGCAGGAUAAUAUCGACAAAUGGGAGCGAGCUGUCAACGAUAAUAACCCUUCAAUUCUCACUAUUAAAGAUCGUCUAAGAAUGCUUCGACGAUGGCCCUUGCAAGACGCCAAGUAUUUCUGCAAUUUCUACGUCGGAUUGACUAUCGGUGAGCUAAUUCAGAAGGCCGCCGGGACGGACGACAUUACCGAGACUGAAGCGAUUAUAAUUCUCAAUACUCCUUUCGGCGAUUGUAUCCCCGAGGAUCAGAAAGAAAUGGCGAAUCAGUCUCGAUGGUCGCAAAAUACAAAAAAGAAGUUCCAUGAUGCCUUUAACUUGGUUCUCACCGAGAUGGACGCAGAGAGGAGAGCGCGUGCAAACGCCGAGGUCGCCUUUGAACGGGUCAAAACUAUCAGGAGGGCUGAAUUGAAGAAUUUCCUCUAA